CGUUCGUCCUCAGUGUAGGAUAACGUGAAGGUAUUGUCGUCUUUUACUCAUCGCCAUUAACAACUGUUUCCUCUGUUUGGUCUUGGCUUCGUUACUGUUGUUCUGUUCAGUUAAAAAAAAAAAAUCCUUCAAGAAGAUUUUGCCAUAGAGCGUGACUCGUUAAUCGGCUUGUGUACAAUCUCAACCGUUCCUCCUGACUAUGGAUGUGAUAGUACGUCGCUGUCCAUUCCUUGCUCGUGUGCCUCAGGCUUUCUUCCAGCAGUCCAAAAAGUCUCUGGCAGUGUAUGCCCAGCGAUGCCCCUUCAUGAUGGAGCUAGCCUCCAAACCCAUGGCCCCAUCACUGGCACGUGCCCUAUGUUCCUCUUCAUCCUCCUGGCAGAAGAUUGAGGAUACCAUGUCCACUGGUGAAGUUCUCAAACCAAAAGCGGAAGCCAAACUGCCUGACGUUCUUGCCGCGCCACCCUCGGAUGAGGUGGUGGCCCCCAAAUGCCCUUUCCUGGCUGCUGAGAUGGGCCAGAAGAACAGUAAUGUGGUCCGCCAGGUCGGCGUGGAAUUCCAAGAGGAUGUUGAAGAAAUCAGGACUGUGCAGAAGGAAGGGCCCCCUGCUCAGUUGGAGCAGCUGUCAUUGAUUGGUAAAACUAUGGGAGAGGAAGGACGUCUAAUGAAGAGUCUGCUGAAACAGAGACCGAAGAGGGUCUCUCACUUGCUCCAGGACAACUUGCCUGGCAGUUUUACCAGGUUCCAUUACGACAACUUUUUCGAGAAGAAGAUCGAAGAGAAGAAGAGCGAUCACACAUACCGUGUGUUUAAGACUGUGAAUCGUCUGGCAAAUGAGUUCCCUAUGGCUGACGACUUCACAGGCUCUCUGGAGAACAAGAGGGAGGUGUCUGUGUGGUGCAGCAAUGACUACCUCGGCAUGAGUCGACACCCACGGGUGGCGCAAACCAUCAUGGAGACUUUGCGGAAGCAUGGAUCGGGAGCAGGAGGCACCAGGAACAUCUCUGGGACCAGUAAAUUCCAUGUGGAGCUGGAGCAAGAACUCGCAGACCUUCACAGGAAGGACGCGGCCCUGCUCUUCACUUCCUGUUUUGUUGCUAAUGACUCCACUCUCUUCACCCUGGCCAAGAUGCUGCCUGGCUGUGAGAUCUACUCCGACGCAGGCAACCACGCAUCAAUGAUACAGGGCAUCAGGAACAGCGGCGCUAAGAAAUUUAUUUUCCACCACAAUGACGUGGCCCACCUCCGAGAGCUGCUGGAGAAGGGUGACCCCACCAAACCUAAGAUUGUCGCCUUUGAGACGGUGCAUUCCAUGGAUGGUGCUGUUUGUCAGCUGGAGGAGAUGUGCGACUUGGCCCAUGAGUUUGGUGCCAUUACCUUUGUUGACGAGGUUCACGCUGUUGGCCUGUACGGCUCCAGAGGAGGGGGCAUUGGAGACAGGGAUGGCAUCAUGCACAAAAUGGAUAUAAUUUCGGGGACUCUUGGUAAGGCCUUCGGCUGUGUCGGCGGUUACAUCGCGAGUACUGCCGGCCUGGUGGACACGGUGCGUUCUUACGCUGCUGGCUUCAUCUUCACCACUUCCCUGCCACCGAUGCUCUUAGCCGGGGCCAAGCAGUCCAUCCAGAUUCUUAAAGGAGAAGAGGGCCGCACUUUGAGACGCAAACAUCAGCGUAACGUCAAGCUGCUGAGACAAAUGCUGAUGGACUCCGGGCUGCCCGUCGUGCACUGCCCCAGCCACAUCAUCCCAAUCCGGGUGUCGAAUGCAGAGAAGAACACAAAGGUGUGUGACCUUAUGAUGAGCCACCACAACAUCUACGUGCAGGCCAUCAACUACCCCACUGUUGCCAGAGGGGAUGAGCUUUUGCGCAUCGCACCAACUCCACACCACACGCCGGAGAUGAUGAAGUACUUUGUUGACAGGCUGGUGCAGACCUGGAAGGAGGUGGGCCUGGAGUUGAAGCCCCAUUCGUCUGCAGAGUGCAACUUCUGCCAGCAGCCGCUGCACUUUGAGGUGAUGAGCGAACGAGAAAAGUCAUACUUCAACGGCCUGAGUCACCUCGUUUCAGUCUGCGCAUAA